AUGCCUCAAGCUUCGCUUCGUUUUCCUUUCGUGUAUGCUGUUGCUUUGGUUUUGUUUAAAUGUUUUAAACAACAAUUCCCAGUUUCGAAUUCCAAGUACUCCAACUGAAAAAAAACAGCGCCAAAGCUUAGGAACCCUUCACCUAUUCUCUCUCGAAAUAUCAACCUUUUUUAUUUCGGUUGUUGAAAUUGAAGAUCUGAUAAAAAAUUUGUAAACAUUUCUUAAGUUCUGGAGAGAUCCAAUUUCUCUCCUGAUCUCAAAUCCAUGGCGCUUCCACGAUCGAAGCCACUUUUUCUGCUGUUCGCUUUGUCUUUCGCGAUCGUCGCCAUUGCAGGGAAGAGUUAUUACGACAUAUUGCAAGUGCCGAAAGGAGCAUCCGAUGAGCAGAUCAAAAGAGCGUAUAGAAAGCUGGCAUUGAAGUACCAUCCUGAUAAGAACCCCGGCAAUGAAGAGGCCAAUAAGCGAUUUGCUGACAUUAACAAUGCUUACGAGGUGUUGUCGGAUAGCGAAAAGAGGGGCAUAUAUGAUAGGUACGGUGAGGAGGGCCUGAAGCAGCAUGCUGCCAGCGGAGGCAGAGGAGGAAUGGGGGUCAAUAUUCAGGACAUUUUCAGCUCGUUUUUUGGUGGAGGGUCGGUAGAAGAGGAAGAGAGAAUUGUGAAGGGCGAUGAUGUAAUUGUUGAAUUGGAUGCAACACUUGAAGAUUUGUACAUGGGAGGUACUCUUAAGGUUUGGAGGGAGAAAAACAUCUUAAAACCAGCUCCAGGUAAACGCCGCUGUAACUGCAGAAAUGAGGUCUAUCAUAAGCAAAUUGGUCCAGGGAUGUUCCAACAGAUGACUGAACAGGUUUGCGAGCAGUGCCAAAAUGUGAAAUAUGAACGAGAGGGAUACUUUGUCACAGUUGAUAUUGAGAAAGGAAUGCAAGAUGGACAAGAGGUGGUUUUUUAUGAAGAUGGUGAGCCAAUUAUAGAUGGAGAACCUGGAGAUUUGAAGUUCCGGAUUCAUACAGCACCCCAUGACCGAUUCAGGAGGGAAGGCAAUGACUUGCACGCCACCGUCACCAUAACACUUGUUCAAGCUCUUGUUGGUUUUGAUAAGACCAUUAAACACCUUGAUGACCAUUUAGUGGAGAUUGGCUCUAAGGGUAUUACCAAGCCAAAGGAGGUGAGAAAGUUCAAAGGAGAAGGAAUGCCAUUGCAUUUUAGCAACAAGAAAGGAGACCUCUUUGUCACCUAUGAGGUUUUGUUCCCCACAUCACUUGCGGAGGAGCAGAAGGCGAAAAUCAAGUCAAUUCUUGGCUAGGAUUAGAACAUCCCAUAUUUUUUUUUUUGGCCGCUUGGGUUAUAAGCUAGAUUCCCAUUGUAACAUUUGAUGAGAAUACAUAGAAAAUAGAAAAUCUGGUGUUUGAAAAUUUUCUUACCAAUUCCCUUCCUUAUUAACAAAUUACCUUUGCGGUGUCUGAAAAAUGCUGGAAAGAAAUGUAUUUGGUCUCUAGUGCGUUAAUUUAUCCAGCACUUUGGAGAGGUUUGUUUAGCA